AUGAAAGGCCACAAGGACGGCGAGGUCAUUGACCAGACCGUUAUCGGUUCCCCGCCAGGAGCGGAGGAUACAGAGGCUGGCACGGCCCAAGAUGUCUGUGAAGGAGGUCAGUCGGUUAAACGAGGACUCAAAGCCCGACACUUUGAACUCAUGGCGUUGGGCAGCGCGGUCGGAACGGGUCUGUUUCUGGCAAUCGGUGACGCGCUCAGUCGCGGAGGCCCGUUGUCUGUGUUUCUGUCCUAUACCCUGACCUCAAUGGCGGUCUACGGAACGAUGCAAUGUCUAGGAGAGAUGGGUACUUGGAUGCCUGUUACUGGGGCCAUUCCACUCUAUUGCUCUCGGUUCGUGGACGAUGCUCUCGGAUUUGCGGUUGGUUGGAACGUUUGGUAUGCCAACUCGAUGGUCGUCUGUACCGAGGCGUCCGCCGCGGCAAUUGUGAUCCAAUACUGGACGACCGCGGUGAAUCCCGCUGUCUGGAUUACAAUCGUUAUCAUAGUCGUGAUUCUGCUCAACAUCAUAGCUGUGUCUAUAUUCGGCGAGGCCGAGUUCAUCUUUAGCAUCGUCAAGCUAACGACGAUGAUAGGGCUGCUCAUCCUCUCCUUGGUCAUUGACCUGGGCGGCGCGCCUGCCCAGGACCGCCUGGGGUUCCGCUACUGGAUGGUUCCCGGCGCGAUGAAUGAAUACAUUGGAACCGGUGCCGCUGGACGCUUUGCAGGCUGGUUUGCGACGGUCAUCGCAGCUGGGUUUGCGUUCGGCGGCUCUGAGGGCAUCAUCGCCGCUGCUGGCGAAGCCAAAGACCCACGUAAGAACAUUCCAACGGCAAUUCGCAUCAUCUUCAUCAGGAUCUUGCUGUUCUAUGUGCUGGGGUCAUUGGCUGUGGGCCUGAUCGUGCCGUACGAUGACCCCAGGCUGUUAAGCGGCGGUGCUGGCGCGGCCGCUUCCCCGUGGGUCAUCGGCAUCGUCAACGCAGGAAUCCCAGUGCUGCCGUCCAUCUUGAAUGCUGUUAUCCUGAUCUCAGCCAUUUCAGUUGCUAAUAACAUGCUCUUCAAUGCCUCUCGAUAUCUAUACUCGCUGGCGCAAUGCGGCCAGGCACCGCGGUUCCUUCUGCGCUGCUCAUCAAGAGGGAUUCCAUAUUUCGCCGUCGGCAUAACAUCAUCCAUGACACUUCUUACCUAUAUGACAGUCUCCAGCGGCGCUAACAAAGCGUUCCUGUGGUUCAUGAACAUCACGACCUUUAGCAGUUUCCUGACAUGGAUGGCCAUUGCCCUGUCGUACAUCCGCUUCCGUGCAGCCAUCAAAGCCCAGGGAAUUGGCAUCAAAGCCCUCCCAUAUCGGACUCCCUUCCAGCCCUACGCCGCAUACUUCAGCCUCGUGUAUUUCGGCUUUGUAGCUCUGGGAAAUGGGUUCGCCGUCUUCACGGACGGCAACUGGUCGACAUCGGAUUUUAUCGCAGCGUACAUCGGCCUGCCUAUCUAUAUCUUCCUCUUCGCCUUCUGGAAGAUCUUCAAGAGAACCAAGCUGGUCCGAGCAAUCUCCGCCGAUCUUUCGUUUCCCGGACAGACCACGGUUCAGGAUGGAUUGAACUUGGAAAACGUCGGAACUGGCUAUAGCGAGUCCCUGAAACCCACUUGA